CUGGAGACACUCCAUUUGAGAUAGCAUUGUCUCUAGCGUUUAUGGCUUCUCUCUUCCAUUAUUUGGAGUCAACCAUAACUUUAACUGAGGGGAGUGAUACAUUUAUUAUUUUUUUGUAAUAUCGCCGGUUGAGUUAGAAUUACUGUUACCAUAAAUCUAUUUAUAAUAACUGGCCCCUUUUUUUUUUUUUAUUAUGAAGGUGUGAGUGUGUAAUACGUGUCCCUAACAGGUGGCGAUAGCUCACCCCCGGUGUUAGUGGUUUGAUCCAGCAUGGCUGCAGCACACAGCGUGGAGUAAAGUAUGCAUGAGGUUCUGUUUACAGAAAUUCCAGAAUUUUAGGUUGUGUUCUGACUGUCAUCUCUUCUGUGAUUUGUCCAUUCCCAGAGCACCAUGGUAAGAUUAACCACAUUAUGGGUAUUAUUUGUAAGAUGACCAACUCUGCUUCAUGGAUUUAAAGUAUAAAUGUCACGGUUUUUUUUGUUUGGUUUUUAUGCAAAUCACAAUACCUGAAAUCUAGCAGUUGGUUGUACUUUGUUUUAUCUCAGUCAUGAUUUUUUAAAAAUUUUAUUUCUAUUCUUAUCAUUCUAGAGUAGUGUGGGCACAACCUGGGGCUUCCAGGCAAAUUCAUGGAAAACUGGCUUCUUUAUUGUAAAGCGCUGCAGAAUAAGCUGGCACUAUAUAAAUAAUAAUAAUAAUAAUAAUCUUCUUCAACAUUCACUCCACGCACUGCGAUUUAAGUGAUCCAUACUUGAGCAGCACUCACCAGGCCAGAAAUCACUUUGAUUUUGCCCCUGCAGCACUUUCACAUUCUUUUAUGACACUGAUAGUCCUCUCCAGGGAUGUGCUUGACUGGUAACACUCAGCUGAAUCAGUUCAGUGAAGUUAAAGGACUACUCUAGGCACCCAGACCACUUCAGCUUAAUGAAGUGGUCUGGGUGCCAGGUCCCUCUGGGGUUAACCCAUUUUUUUUAUAAACAUAGCAGUUUCAGAGAAACUGCUAUGUUUAUAAUAGGGUUAAUCCAGCCUCCAUUUCCUCUAGUGGUUGUCUCACUGACAGCCGCUAGAGGCGUUUGCGUGAUUCUCACUGUGAAAAUCACAGUGAGAGCACGCAAGCGUCCAUAGGAAAGCAUUGUAAAUGUUUUCCUAUGAGACCGGCUCAAAGCGCGCGCAGCCAGCCGAAGGGGCGGAGAGGAGGAGAGUUUAACCCCUUUCCUCUCCCCAGAGCCGGGCAGGAAGGGGACCCAGAGCGUGGGGGCACCCUCAGGGCACUAUAGUGCCAGGAAAACAAGUGUUUUCCUGGCACUAUAGUGGUCCUUUAACAAAAGCUCUGGUCAUGAUCGUUUGGUUUCAGAAGAGGCUGACACUAUUUAAGGGCUUCUUCCAACCCUCAUGACAACUUUUGCGUUUAGUUGUGACCAUAGAGCAAGCAAUCUGUUUGUUUAGUGUUUCAGCUUGAAACACUGCCUAUGCAGAUACAUCUACACUUUUGUGCUGGGGACUAGUUGAAACUAGCACCCAUGACAGACAGCCCAGACCACUCCAUCAGACUGCCUAAUGUUAAGGGGUGGAGGGGUGGGGCAGGUAAAGGUGAAUUUAUUAUUAUUGCCAUUUAUAUAGCGCCAACAGAUUCCGUAGCGCUUUACAAUAUUAUAAGAGGAGGGAUUUAACUAUAAAUAGGACAAUUACAAGAAAACUUACAGGAACGAUAGGUUGAAGAGGACCCUGCUCAAAAGAGCUUACUUACCGGAACCUGUCCCUUGUGGGCACCUCCAUCUUGAUCUGGCAGAGUCCUCUUUGGUGCAGACGUCUCUGCUGUACUCAUACAGUAUAGAUGUCUAUGGGAGAUCACACACAGACACAGCCAAUUCCCUGCAGCUGUCACUGAUCAUCCGACCUCGAGUCAAUGAUAAUCAGGUGGAGGAGAAAUACAGAGACAAAGUAGUCAUUACUUUGUCUCUGUAUAUUUCUUGACUAGGUCAGAAUUUCAGUUAAAUUGGAACAGUGUUAAUGAGUGUGACGGACCGCCUGGCACCCCAACUGGAUGCCUCCACCAGUCGACGCUCCUAGUGCUCGCUGAGGACCCAAGCUCUCCGCCAGACACCAUCAGCACCGUAGUCCCUGCUUCCAGUGUUACAGCUUCUAGUGGGGGAACCUCUCCUACUCCAGAGACUAUAGCAGGAACAGCUCUUAAUAGAGCUAGUGAUUAUAACCCAGGGGAGUAUUGUGAUAUAGCAAUCCCCAGGGUAGAUACAGCCGUUUCCCCCACACGAGACGAGGCUCUAUGUUGAGGGUAAGGCGGAACUUGUUUAAUGGAACUGGCCUUAUGUGCAUGUCCCCAUGAAAGGGGCACUCCCCCCUGCACCUGAGAGUGAACCACAGUAUAAACAAUUACACAACCUGGACACUCCCAUACAUAAUAGAUUAAUCCCUCCUCUGGGAGAUAAUUGAGUCAAGCACUAUACUAAACUCAAUUAUCUCCAAACACAAAACACACAUUUUUAUAAAACCCCGAAAAUACCUUUAAAACAUACAAAACGCCUACAAAUGUCACAUCCCCUGAUAGCCCUGAUUUGGGUGACUAACGUAUCCAAGAAUCACCCAGAUCAGUUCAGGGGUUCAGGAAUUUCCUGGAAGUCAUUUAUUUGACCGACCGCAUGCAUGGUCCCAUGCCCAAAAUAGUUCCAGAGAAUCAGGGCUUGCGGUCCCUCUAAUUUGGUAGAUUAAAAACGAAUAAACUACUGAACAUAGGCAGUGUUCUUACCCUGGAGCUUGUUCCCCUCAUCCAGACAAACAAUUCCACCGAACAGUGCCCUUUUAACUUGUAUAGAACCGAACGCAGGCGAUGAUGGAAGUCCAUCAGUUUCUGUGUCCGAUAUUUAGCUCCAUGAGAUUCAUGCUCAAACACCGCUGCCUGAGUUCAUGCGAACAAGAUGGCCGCCACCUCGUGGUUGUCCAUAGGAAUUGCUGCCACCCAGACAAACUAGUAGAACACUGCGGUGAGAACCGCUUCAAAGUGUUAAUACGUGUUAACAAGCUCCUGGGUGGCCCCUGGUUCGUGCAGUUGUUCGGUAGUCGAACAGGACAAUGUGAAAAUAGGAGGGGAAUGCAAUCUAUCAAACAGAAUAGCAAAAAGGCAUGACCAGGGUCUUUUAUGAGCCUUUUUGCAUGGCCCAUAGUCCUGAGGCAAGAGGCUGGCAAACAGGCCCCUGCAAGAACUAGUGUCAAGGUUACUUUCGCCACAAUGAGUAUUUCAUAAAAAUGCGAUUUUUAUGAAACACUAGUUUUUAAAGAGGAGGCAAGGGAGGUGAUAGUGCCGCUAUAAUCCUGUGCAAUUAGUUCUGUCUGUUGUCAGCACACACUACAGGCUGACUAUGGAUGUAAUGAGCUUUUUCACUUGCAGGCAGUGCUGUCAGUACACCUGCAAGUAGAAGCUUAUAGGGAUGUAUACGUACGGUUGUGUUUUCUAACUACCUCCAUAAGGCUAUUGCUAUUUUUUAUUUUUAUGGUAUUUUAAGAAAUAUUUGGGGCAGAAAAUAUGAAGUGAGGAGGCACCUUGAUAAGCUCAAUAUGAGUUAUAAAGUAUGCUAAGAGAAAGUAAAUUUUCUCGCUAGAGUAACCCUUUAAAUUAUUAGUUGGUUGAGUUUUCUGUAGGUGCAUUAGGCACAUGUGCUUGUACCAUAGUUCUCGCAGAUGCAUGAGCACUCAUCAGUUCAUUGUUAAAAUAAGUUAGUAGUAGCUAAUAUUUUGAUGACUGAGCAGUCUUUAAUUUAAUAGUGAGCAGCUGAAAUAUGAAAAGUUACCAGUCACUCAAAUUUAUGCUUUUUAGCAAAAGGUCACAUGUGUGAUUACGAAACCUUAUAGAGUUUUAAAUAACUUCAACCACCAUUUUAAUUAAAGGACCACUAUAGUGCCAGGAAAACAUAUUAGUUUUCCUGGCACUAUAGUGCCCUGAGGGUGCCCCCACCCUCAGGGACCCCCUCCCGCCCGGCUCUGGAAAGGGGAAAAGGGGUAAAACUUACAUUUUUCCAGCGCUGGGUGGGGAGCGCUCCUCCUCCGAUCCUCCUUCUCUCCUCCCCGUCGGCUGAAUGCACACGCGCAGCAAGAGCUGCACCCGCAUUCAGCCGGUCACAUAGGAAAGCAUUAUCAAUGCUUUCCUAUGGACGCUUGCGUGCUCUCACUGUGAAAAUCACAGUGAGAAGCACGCAAGCGCCUCUAGCGGCUGUCAAUGAGACAGCCGCUAGAGGGAAUGGGGGAAGGCUUAACCCAUUGAUAAACAUAGCAGUUUCUCUGAAACUGCUAUGUUUAUAAAAAAAAUGGGUUAACCCUAGCUGGACCUGGCACACAGACCACUUCAUUAAGCUGAAGUGGUCUGGGUGCCUAGAGUGGUCCUUUAAUCGUUUAAAAUUAAUUUCACACCGGUAGCAUAUGAAUUCCACAUUCUGCCAGACAAUACAUUCUUAAACAAAUGACCAACCAGUGUCCACAAUUCCAAUUGGUGUGCUGAAAUGGGUAUGUUUUUCUGUGUGGUGAUAAGACUGUGAGAGGUACUGAAGUGGCUUUACCCAGCAUGAUUGAAGAAGUCUUUGUGCUUUAGGAUUAGGAUUAAUUUUGUGUCCCUAAAUUGUACCAUCUGGUAUGCAGUUGACCUGGCUGCUUCAGAUAUUAGCUUCUAAAGCUUGUCUGGAAUGUUUUAUUGCUGUGCAGUUUUUUUGUUUUUAUACUUUUUUCUAUAUGGAAUCUCAGAUGCAAAAGAAAAGUUGUCUCUUGAAUAAAUCUCCUUGCUUUUGAAUAACGUACACAUCCUCUGCUGCUCCCCUCACCACCACCACCACCACCACCAUGCAUCACAAAACACCAUUUGAACGCACGUGAUGUUCAAUGUGAACUGCAGUCAAAGCUCUGGGAGUAAAAAAAAAUUUAAAAAAAUGCUAUAAAUAUUUUAAGAUACAUAAAGGUACUUUUGUCUGUUUGUCUAUUGCAUUAUCAUCCAAUAUCUACUGCAUUGUUCCUUCUCUAUGCUAGUUACAAUGUUUCUCAUCUCAAUAUUAUAUCCCUUCCUUACCAUUCCAGUGUAUUUACUGUUUGCACUAAUUAUAGUUCCAUCUCAUCUCUGUUCACAUACUUAGAAUUUUAAAUAAAACAGGAUUUAUAAAGUGUUUUCACAGUCAUGUGUAUUAGUAUAGGAAAUCAUUGCUAAGUUACAAAUUGCUAUAUGUAUGGUUGCACUCAAAACGAUUGUGUUAAAAAUACAUGCAUUUUUUUUAAAUUUAAAUUAUAAACCAUUUUGUGCAAAGCAUUUCAUAACAUUUUAAUGUCCAAUUUUUGUUACAGCCUCAUAGAAAGAAGAAGCCCUUCAUAGAAAAGAAGAAAGCAGUUACUUUUCAUCUAGUACACAGAAGUCAGCGGGAUCCAUUAGCCGCUGAUGAAACUGCUCCUCAGAGAGUCCUACUGCCUGCUGACAAGGUUACUUUAUAGCUUUAUUACUGCAUUGAUUGCUAUGAUGUUAUAUACCACUCUGUAAGCCUUCAGAAGCUGAAGUGCUUUAUGUGUGAAAAGUGUGUCCUCUUUUCUUUUCAUCCUACAAAAAGGGCAGAUUUCAAUAGAAUUGGCUUGGCACAUUAUGAAUUAACCUUGUAACACCCCCUGGCUGUCAAUCAGAUGACAGGUAAUGUUACUUCCUGUUUUUUGUUUUAUAGCUCAGUGGAACUAAACUCAAGAGGCAGCAGUUGCUCAGAGCACCUGUACUGCAAAGACUUCUCAUUGAACUGUAUUGGGAAGUCUGUAAUUGAAGGAAGGGGGCCCUGAGGGUAGUUUGUUUUCCUGGCACUAUAGUGGUCCUUUAAUAAAUAUAAACCCAUCAAAUGGUUUGUUAGCAUUUUUUUUUAUAGAUUGUUUAAGAAAUACAUAAUUAUUUAUUACACCUUUUAUCAGAUUUGACAUUAAAACGCCAAUCCAAAAUCUCUCUCUCCCCCAGGUGGAAUUGGAUAAGAGGAAAGAGGAACAGCGAAACUUUGGUGUUUUCUUUGAUGAUGACUACAAUUACUUGCAACACUUGAAAGAGGUUGGUCCAGGAGAGCUGGUGCCCUCUGAUGUGGGACAGUCACAGAGGCAAAUCAUUGUGACCGAAGAUGGAGAAGAAGAGGCUGAAGUAGAACAUAUUCCAGUAAGAUCACGUUUUUUUAUUUUUUAUUUCUGUUUAAAGGAAGACUUUAUGCAUCUGAGACACAUCUAACCUAAAGGAUACUAAAUGCAUGGUUUUGCUAAAUCUAAUAGUAUAAAUAAGUAAAAAUAUAUGUAAAAUUGCUGCAUUUUCCCCAUAAAGUCUUGUUGUGUUGGAGUGACAGGCCUGUCUCCCAAAUGUUUUUAUUUGUGGAGGAAACAAAGAUGAGAAGCACUAUGUGAGUCAACUAAUUCCAUUCUAUUGGAAUUAUUUCCAUCUUUGAAUGGCAUUCAUUUGCUGCCAGUCACCAUAAUAGAUAAACAUAUCAAAUUAUGGUUUAUUUUACAACAGGAUUUUCAGGCUCAUCUAUUUAAUUACUUGUACAUGAUAUGUGUGUUUUAUUAUUGUCAAGUUGUGGGUAUUUUAUUUAAAGUAUGCAUAAAUAAUAGAGGCAGAUGAAUGUACACUAUAUGGCCUAAGGUGUGUGGAUAUACCUCAUAUUUAUUGAGUUCAUGUGUUUUAAUCCCAGCCAUCGCCAACAGAAGCACCUAACCACACAAUCUCCUUGAAUAAAUAUUGAAAGUAUAAUUGGUCGUACUGAAGAUCUGACUUUAAACAUUGCACUCUGAAUGAAUAUACCACCUUUGCCAUUAGUUAGUUUGAGUAAUUUCUACCUUACUAGAUCUGCCCCGGUCAGCUGUUUAUUGUGAAGUUAAAAUGUCUAGGAGUCUGGAGAAUUGAAUUCCCCACCAGUGCAUAAGCCUUGAAGCCUGUGCAUAACAUGGUGGCUGUUCCCUCAAUGCAGCGACCACCUUAACCGCUAGCCACCGUUCUGAAGUCCUUAGACAAACUAUGUGCAGAUUAUGGGCGAGCCUGGAACAGCGCAAUUGGUGGCUCUCACAAGACCACAUGGGCACCCAACCAGCUAACUACUCCUCAACCGGCAUGUGCACCUGGUCAGCUAAUCCCACAUCAGCCUCCCAGCAGCCGUCUACCCGCUACCAUUCACCUAAGCCACAGACCUUUAAGGGUAAACCACUUCCACACGCACACAGUCUAGGAAAGUGUUUUACGUGUUUGAGGAAUCAUCCCUGGCCAUCAUUUUUCAGCGUUUGGGCGGUCCCCUUAGUCCCAGUUAAGAGUCAUCAUAAUUCUACAAGUAACAAAGAAUCUGGUCUGGACUCCAAACUUGCAUUGUAAAGACAAAAAGGGAAUUGGCGACCUUCCCUUUUUAUCUUUACUCUGUAGGUUUGGAAUCCAGACAAGAUUCCUUUUGGGUUGAGCACCUCAGAGGCCCAUUUGGAGGUGACCACGUGUAUAUUUGAGGAGGUUUGGGAUAGUUAUGAAACUGACUAUAAUUUUGAUUGAGCAGAUAUAUGAUAUGCAUUGUGAGUACAUACCUCAAAUCACUAUUACUUUAAUUGUUUAGUUUUGAAACGGCAUUUUUUUCAAAAUUGUGUUGAUUACAUUAAUUUUGCAUUAUAUAUAUUUACAGUGCUCUUACACAAGAUUAUUAAAAUACUCUUUAGCACUAGCUCUAUUUAAUUUGUCUAGUACCCACAGAUAUUGGGGUACUGUGAUAUAGUGGUGGGCUUAACACAAUAUGGCCAUAUGGUGGAACUGAAUCCCCAUAUUUGUUUGCAGAGAUAUAUGAUUUUAGGUAGCCUUACAAAAAUUAAAAACUGUAUUUCUGCACUGUUCCUUAAUCUGUAUUAUGUAUAAAUGUUGGCCUCUACGGCAGCAUUAUUGCUUAGGAAUGCAUCUUUCCAGUGUGCACCCAAUUUCUUUUUUGCUCGUAUAGGCAUGUCUACAUACUUUUGGCCACAUAAUGUCCAGCAUAUUCAAUGAUGCGUUGCUUCUAUAAUUAACUUUUUUGUUGUAUUUCUCAGGCUUUCAUCUCGGACUGUUCUGGCAAAUAUUAACCUUUUGGCCUUUUAUUCUUCCCUUACUUAGGCUCCAUCUAUUAAUUUGCCUUCCUCCGUUUUUGCAUCAGAGUUUGAAGAGGAUAUUGGGUUAUUGAACAAAGCUGCCCCCGUUGGAGGUAAUUGGUUUUUGUUUUUUGUUUUUAUUGUUGGGUUUUUGUAGGAGUGCAAAUUAAGUUAAAAAACCAUCAAAACUACCAUUCAUAAUAUAUUUAUAUUUAUGGACCCUCUGCUUUUUUUAAAUUAAACAAUUGAUACAAUAUUAAUCUUUUAUUCCAACACCAGGACACACUGGAGCCCAAUACUUCUCCUGUGAAGUCAUUACAACUGAUGACUUUUGUCCACUAAGAUGAUUCUCAUUCGCAUUGAGGACACUGCUUUGUUCAUGGGAUAAAAAUGCUAAUCCCUCUAUAACUUGACAAAUUGUGGAUAUGAUUAGUUUUGUCACUGAUUUUAAAGGGAAACUGUAGUGCCAGGAAUACAAAGCUGUAUUCCUGGCACUACCAAUCCCUCUGCCACCCCCCUCCCUCGCGCCCCCGCCCCCUCUGUAAAUAAAGAGUUAAAAACCCUUUAUUUACUUACCUUAUCCCAGCGCCGAUGUCCCUCGGCGCUGGGUCGAAGCUCCGUCCCCUCCUCAAUCUUGCGACGUGCAGGGUCUAAUGUGCAUGUGUGGCAAAUGCUGCGCGUCUAUUAGACCUCCCAAUAGGAAAGCAUUGAAUCAAUGCUUUCCUAUCGGGAAAAUCUGACGCUGGCGGUCCUCCUGCUGAGCGUGUGGACAUCCAGCGUCAGAUAACAGACCAAAAGUCCAGAAGCGAUUCCAGAAGCGCCCCAGUGGCUCUCUGGUAGACAGCCUCGGAGGGCAGACUUAGAGGUGCAAUGUAAACAUUAGUUUUCUGGAACUGCAAUGUUUAUUAUUGCAGCACUAGGUGCAAAAGGGACACAGCACACAGACCACUUCAAUGAGCUAAAGUGGUCUGGGUGCCCACAUUGUCCCUUUAAGAGAGGGGACUUGGGUGUUGCUAUAACCUCCUUACAAAAUUGGAGUUUAUAAUGGAUCAUGCUGAAAUUUGGGUAUGGCAUCUAAAAAGAUUUUAAAAAUGUGCUAUAUAUUUUAAUUAACCUCAUCGUAUAGAUUUUAGGCUAUUUGAGUGUUAGGAAGGUCUUAAUUUUCUCUCCACAGCUUUAUUUAUGUUUUGCUGCUAAAACAUUACCAAUCUGCAAAUGCCCUCUUUAACAGCCCAUUCAAUUUGUUUGCCUGUAGGUCUACGUUUAGACUUGGAUCCAGAUAUUGUGGCAGGUCUGGAUGAUGACUUUGACUUUGAUGAUCCUGAAAAUCAGAUUGAUGAUGACUUCAUUAUUCAGGCCAAUGAUCCCAGCAGUAAUGAAACAUGGAGGUACAUCCUAUCUUGUAGCUGGAUUUUCUUCUAUCAUAUUUACUAUUUUCUUUCAAUUUAAGGAAGACCUUACAUUUUGAUUUCUACUUUACUAGCCAGGCCUUAAAAGUUACUCACCACUGUAAGCCUGGGUAUCCAUGGCUGACUAAACAGGGGUGAAUUAUCUACUGGCUAAAUACAUUGUAAAAUAUUGUACUGGGUCACUAGUUGUGCUUUUUUCCAUGUAUAACAUAGCAGUAGGUUUUCUUUAAAGGGAUUCACACUGUAAUCCUGGCAUAUUAAGGGGAGUAACUAGUGGUGGUUUUGUGAAUUUUAAUAGAAUGCAAUGCAUGAUUUGUACUUUUCAUUUACAAGUUAUGAGGAAAAUAUAUCAUACGCUGCAUUAUACAUGAAUAAUGCUAUUGUAUAGACCAGAGGUCUCACUCAAUCUAUCUAGAGACCAGUGACCGAGUUGGUUUCUUUAAUGGGGACUGCAGAUCUGUAGUGCUCAAUUUCCACACACACAAAGAGACAUGUACUGCCAGGCAUAGAUGCACAUUUUCAGACAGGCUCACACCAUGCUAAAUUAACAGUGGUUCUACAACAUUAACACCAUGCCUGCAGGGUUAAUCCCACAGUGCACUUUACUAUUUCUACAUACACAGAUACAUUCAAACUGCCAUAGGCACACACAGAAUCACACCUGGAAAAUACACCCAAUGUGGCACAGCCAAUUGGCAUCCUUAACGGGAGAGCUCUUUCGCAUGGCAGGACUCAACCUGAGGAUCUUGUGCGUGGAAGGGGAUCUGGAGUAUAACUUGCUGUUUACAUAUAUUAUACAUAUGUUGUGUGCAGAUCCUUGGAUAGUCUUAUUAGGAAUGCCCUACCCCUCAGGAUAGUGCUUGGCCAUGCUACAUUUAUUGAUACCAUCCAAUAGUUUGUCACCAGACUGUCCACUAUCUGGGUUCUGCCCCUCCCCCAGUAGAACACAAGAAGCUAGUUAGGGGACUGGUAAUUUGAGACCACCAGUAUUAGAAAUUGAAUUAUGUUGUUUUUUUUUUUUUUAAUUAUUUUUUGCAGUAUUUUCACCAUUUCAUUAAAGCUGUUCUUUUCUGUUCUAUUUUGUUUUAGAACACAUGAAGCAGAUGAAGGUGAAUGGGAAGAUGUUGAUAGUGAAGAGGAGGAUGAUGAUGAUAGCCAGGAAGGUAACUUUGACUCAGAUGGCCCUGUUUCCGAUGAGGAAGGUGGUGGCGAGUCUGGAAACACAAAAGAGUUUUUCUUUAUGAAUGAAGAAACCAAGAGUCGAUUCACAGACUAUUCUAUGUCAUCUUCUGUCAUAAAACGAAACGAUCAACUUACUCUCCUGGAUGAGAGAUUUGAAAAAGUGAGUGACUUAGUUACUUUUAUUAUCAUUUAAUUGCAACAACAGUUCAGAUGUUAAAUAUUCUUGGGGUCUUGAUUCAAUAUUCAAUGAAGUAAACCCCUCCCCCCCAAUGGUGUUGUGUAUGUAUAUUUGCUCUCUGUCUUACAAAAAGAUGCGCAACACGCUAAUGGAAAUGAAAAUAUUUUGUAUGCUUCUUGAAAGGACACCCUACUGCCAAAUACAAAAAAAGCUACUACUACUGUUUAGUAGGUAUAAUCCCACAUUAAAAUAAUGCAGUUCUUCCAGUGUCUAUAGCCUGUCCCUACAGUCUUUUCUUUUUCAGAGAAAAGGCAGUGUUUACAUUGCUCCCUGGGGACACAUGCAGUGGCCACUCCUUAGACGGCCACUAGAGCUGCUUCCUGGGGCAGUGCUGCCCUUGAUCUGCAUCCUUGACUGACAUCAGAAUUGAUGAGCUCCACCAAUCCAAUGCUUUCCCAUAGGAAAAGCAUUGGGUUUGCCGAGUUCAUUAAGGGGGCAAAUGCCAGUUUGGCCAAUCAGCAUCUACUCAUAGAGAUGUAUAGAAUCAAUGCAUCUCUAUGGGGAAAGUUCAUUGUCUCCAUGCAAAGCGUGGAGACACUGAACUUUCCCAUCGUAGAGAUGCACUGAUUCAGUGCAUCUUUAUGAGGAGAUACUAAUUGGCCAAACUGGUGUGUGGCCCGCCCCACCUCCUUGAUGAUCUCAGGCAAUCCAAUGCUUUUCAUAUGUGAAAGCAUUGGAUUAGCUGAGAUCAUCAAUCCGGUCAGCGAAGGAGGCGGAUCGGGCGUGGGGCCAGCGCCAGCAGACUGGAAGUAAGGUAUGUUUUCUUACCUUGUAGGGGGCAUUCCUGGCUGUAUAGUGUUCCUAAAUAAAAGCUAAAUAAGUUGGAAUAACACUAGAGAGAUAAAAUACCUAUUUUUUUUCUUUUUAAUACAGUUUUAUGAACAGUUUGAUGAUGAUGAAAUUGGGGCCCUGGAUAAUGCUGAACUGGAAGGCUUCAUUCGCUCAGACAGCAAUCGUCUUCAAGAUGUUAUAGAGGAUUACUACAAACAAAAGGCAAAAGAGUACGUACUUAUUUCUUCCAUUAUGUGGCUGCAGGGUUUAUAUCUUAAAGUGCAGGAACACUUGAGUGGCUGCCUUACUGACGUCAUAUCGUGUCUGGGUGUUUUUUUUUUUUUUUUUUUAAUAGAUCAGCAAAUGACUUUUUUUGACUGGGACGUUAACAUUUUAAGUAAUACAAAACUCAGACUUAAAUAAUACGGUCUUCUUCCAGCUGUGUUCUAUACGUGUCCAAAAUAAUGCAGUCCUACUAAAUCUGUUCUUUUAACUUCAUCACUCUAGGUUUUGGUUUAUUUGCACUCUUCUUUACAUGUUUGCUAUGUUGUAUUUCUGUUUAGCCUUGCACUUUCAAAAUGUAAAAUGUUUCUGUUCAGUGUGCAGUAGUGAAUUUUAUAUUGUUCUUUAAGUAUGGUGCUUGUGCUUACUUUGAUAAUUGUGGUGUUUUACUAUUGCAGGUGUGUAAAACUGGACGACCGGACCCCCAGAGAGGGGAUGGAUAUGAUAAUUGAGGAGGUUGAAGAGGAUAAUGAAGAAAUGGAGACCGUGGUUGUAGAGGAGCCUGGUGAAAAGUGGGACUGUGAAUCUUUCCUGAGUAAGUAUGAUAGAUUUGCAGUAUUUUCCAUUCUCAUAUAUUGCAUUUUUCUACUGGGGCUUAUUAUUUCUGUGUCUCUAAAGCUUUACAUUUAAAGGGUUAAAUUUGCAGUGUUAUUUUUUUGUUUUACGAAUAAUGCCUUAUUUUUUAGGUCCCCAUCCCCAUAAAAUUGAAAAUAAGGUAAAACUUUAAACUAGCUUCAGCACGGCUUUCCACUCUGUCUGACAUCAGUCUGAUCAUGGUAGUCGUUGCAGGCUUUUCAUAGAGACAGUUUAACCUGCAAAGGGAAGCGAGAGACUGAGGCAGUUCAAAUUUUAAAAGGGGGAAAAAAAGUAACAAGGGCAUAGGGAGGGAUGAGAAACAAACGCUUCCCAGGAAGAAGCUAAUUAUGCCUUGUACUAGCAUGUAGUACUUGAUGAUGACUGACAUAUUUUUUUUUUGCACAGAUUUGAUAUUUGGUAAUUUUAAAACAGAGUUCCAAGCUGCCAAAGUCACCUGUGUCGGGGUGGUGUAACUAGUCCCCACUACACAAGUGCAAAUCUCUCCGUAUGUGCAGUGUUGAAAGCAGAAACUGCCUUUGGAGUAGGCCUUUAAAGGAAAACUCUGGGCACCACAAUAACUUAAUUGAAAUGAAGAUGUUAUGGGACCAGGAGGCCACUGGCGCUGGCUCUCUUUAAAGGGUCAUACUAACUUCUCUAUGGCUACAAUAUUUUUAACGUAUGGAUAUAAACAUGUUAGAAGUUCACUACGUGGCAAAAUUAUCUCUGCCUCAAAACAUUUUUCUCUUUAUUUUUUUUCUCCAGGUACAUAUUCCAAUUUAUACAAUCACCCUCAGAUGAUUAAGGAACCAACAAAGGUAGUAUAAUCCUAAAUCAUAAAAAAAUAAAAUAAAAUAUAUAUAUAUAUAUAUAUAUAUAUAUAUAUAUAUAAUAUAUAUAUAAUAUAUAUAAACUCCCCCUCCCCAAAAAUUUAUCAAGAAAACUUAAAAGCAAGAUAACAUUUUUCUGAACAUGGCUUUUGGAUUGAUUUAUGACAUCUUUAAUUUGUAGUAGAAUAUGCUUAUUGUCUUUUUUUAUUUUUCAGUCUAAACCUAUAGUGGUGUCUUCAAAAACUGGGAUGCCAUUGGGUGUACUUCCUGCAAGAGGUCUUACUGCAAAACAAGUGGAGCGUAUGGAAAUGAUUAACAGUAGUGACUUGCCAAGAGUGUCCACACAGCAACGUUGCAAGACAGAGUCCACAGAUGAGCGGAAAGCUAGGAAACAAGCCAUAAAGGAAGAACGCAAGGUAACAAACUUCCAAACGAUAGGACAUAUAGGCAGUUUUAAAGAUACUACAUGAUCACGUUUCUGAGGAUUGGCUUCAUAUCUCAGAGACUUAAAGGGAAAAUAUAGUGCCAGAAAAACAGUUGUCUAUGUAGAAUGCUUUAUAGAUUUCAAAUGAUAUUUCAAAAUACUUGCAAAAACAUAACAUACAGGGAUAUAAUUUCUAAUUAAUGGGGUAAUAGCUGCUUGAUCCAAGAAGAUAUCUGUCUGCCAUUUUUGGGGUCAAGAAGUCAUUUUUUCUUAGUUUGUUGCAAAAUUGGAAGUGCUUCAGACUGGUUUUUUUUUUGCCUUAUUUCGGAUCAACAGCAAAAACAUAUGUGAGUAUUUGAUGGACGCAAGACUCUUUUUAGUUAUGUAACGAGAAUAAUAUUAAUUGCUUGUCUUUUUUUUUUUUUUUUCUUCCCAGGAACGUAGAAUAGAAAAGAAAGCCAAUAAGCAGGCCUUCAAAGUUGAGAAAAGCAGACAAGAAAAGGAGCAGCUGAACCUGCAACAAAACUUAAAGGGCAUCAAAUUAUCAUAAACUGUAUGGUGAUCAAAAUGACUUGUACCAACAGCCCAAGCAAUAAUCCUGUCUGAAACAUUAUCUACUGAACAAUCUUCCGAUCACUCGACAGAGGAAAGACAUUCACAGAACGGACUGGAAACGAGAUGGUUAUGCAGUUUUACGUGGAGCGUGUUUUAGUUGAUUUUGACUGUAUAAUAACAAAUAUAUUCAAAUUGAAGCUUACUGCACUAUUUAUAUAUUUUCAAUUUUAGACAUUUUUUUACACAUUAACAUAACAUAACGCAAGCAGAGCAGUUUUUAAAGUUCAUAUUCUGUUUCUACAUAUUUUCAGCAGUACUUGAAUUUGGGGACAGGGAGCUCUAGUAAACACUCUAGGCCAGUGGUUUUCAAACUAAUAACUCAAUUUGGCUAGAGGAAUUCAUAUGUCUCUAGUAAGGCUUUAAGUUAAAGUGACAUUUAUCAACUGACAAUGGUACACAUAAUCUACAUUUGUGGAUUUUAAUGAAGUUGCAAAAAAAAUUCUCUCACAUCUGGGUUAAAGUACCACUUCAGCCCUAUUCACAAAAGUGACACUUUGAAGAGAAAUCGGCACUAUUAUAAAUUAAUUUAAAAACAACAUAUGGCAGUUCAGGCUUUCUAAAUCACUGAACAAUUGGGUGAUCACUGCAUUUGAUUGGCAUAUUCGCAGCAAUGGCUGCACAUGGAUCAAUUUCUUUCAAACCUGAGGGGGAGACUGUCGUCACUGACAUUCUCACCAGGGCAGUUGAAGAGGGGACUUGCUACUGGAUAAAAUGGCACGUUAUUAUUUAUGUUUAUUUUCUUUUUUGUAUAGAGGGGUUGCUUGGUAUCUAUGAACACUCUAAAUUAUAAAACCAAAUGCUUUUAAAUUUAUUAAUUUUUGUGCCCAUACCUGGAAGCAUUUUCCGAUGUCAUUACUUCUGUAUGGAGUUUGUUAUAAGUCAUUUGGAUAACAUAGCUGGGUAAUAGAUAUGGUUGUGGUCGGAGGAAAAUUGUAGUCCAUCCGAAUUUUGUCCACUGCGACAGAUAUACCUAUUUGAGUAAAGAGAUUGGAUUUUUCAGCUCAAGAUUAAACUCUGCUGCAGGACGGUGGGAAUUAGCCUGUCUUAUAUAGAUAGGACACAGAAAGGGCUGUACGUGUUGUUGUGGUAGCUGACUGUUAAUUAGAGAAUAGACCGGGCAAUCUGCUUCUCUGAUUGCAUCAACCAGUUUGCUGUCUCUCAUGUGCUCUAGUUGAGUUUAGUUUGUUACUGCCAUAGUGGAAUGAAUAUUGGGAGAGACUGAAGAUCCCCCAUUCUUGGUCUGUUUUUUUUUUUAUUUUUUUUUAACCAAGAGUAAAGUCACUAGAGGAUGAAGGGCACUAAAGAGUACAUUCAGGGAAUUAGGAAGCAAAUGCAAGAAACGCCAUCCCGUGUAGUAUUUUAGGUAAUAAUACAUGUGCUGUAUUUUAGUGCAGAAUUCCGGAAUCUAAAUAUAUGGUUAAAGUAUAUAUUGGAGUUUUUUUACGUUUCAUAAUUGUUAUUGAACACAUUUGAGUUAGAUUAUUGGGGUAAAACAGGUGUGCUAGGAUAAAGUGCUAAACAAAAAGUGUUCACCAUGGAAACCAACAGAAAGACUGUCUUUCAACACUUAGAACCUUGCACACAAACUGGC